CUCCUCCACGCCUCCACAGUCUAGAUGCCGCUAGCUCUCCCGUAGCGCUCCAUGCCAUCAUCCAUUGUCAGCCUCAGCCCCAACUUUGCGGCUUCUUUGAUCUCCAGACUUCCCUGUUGCACAUCACUCUCGUCGUGACUGCGAUAGUAACAACACCACCACUCUACACCCACUCCACGACAACCCCCCAUCUAAAUCCCCCACGAUGGGUAUCUGCGGCAGCAAAGAAAAAAACUCGGGCGAGUCUACCGAAAUGGCACGACCCUCACAGUCCCAAAACGCAGCCUCAAUCGCACAAACCCAACAAAACAUCCCCGUUGCCAACGAAGGGCCCACAGUAAAACCGCGCCGCUCUCCCGACAACCCCAUCGUAUACUUCGACAUUGCAAUCGGCGGCAAGCCAGCCGGCCGUGUGCAAAUGGAACUCUUCCUCGACGUUGUCCCCGCGACAUCAGAGAACUUCCGCCAGUUCUGCACGGGCGAGGCGAAGCGCGGCGGCGGAUACAAGGGCAGCACUUUCCACCGCGUGAUUCCCAACUUCAUGAUUCAGGGAGGCGAUUUCAUAAAUGGCGAUGGCACGGGGAGUGCGAGUAUCUUUGGCGGGGACUCGUUUGACGAUGAGAAUUUUGAGUUGAGGCAUACGCAUCCUGGGCUGCUGAGUAUGGCGAACUCUGGGCCCAACACGAACGGAUCGCAGUUCUUUAUUCUGACUGCUGCGACACCGCAUCUUGAUCGCAAGCAUGUCGUUUUCGGUGAGGUGCUGGAUGGUAUGGAUGUUAUAAGGAAGAUCGAGGCGACGAGGACUGGACCGGGUGAUAAGCCGUUGAGCGAUGUCGUUAUCGCUGGAUCGGGACAGCUGUCGGGCGCAAAGCCAUUGGCCUAGGAGGUAAUGAGUGUGUGGAGGUAAUAAAAGCAGAUCGAUUCGCGGUACAUAGGUUUCCAGGUCAUGGCACGGUAAUGAUAAUGUAAUACAUCUUUGGAACACAAUGAUUCAUCUGGAACUCUACAUUGCCUCAAAAUGUUAUUGUUGUUCGUUCUCAUACUAAUGUAGACUGCAGCGCACCUGUUC